AUGCGGCUCCAGGCGGCGCUCUUUUUCGCCGCGUGCCUAUCGCCCGCGGCGGCCAUCUACUCUGACGAGGUCAAUCACAUUGACUUCCACCACGCUCUUCUCGGUUCCCCCUCCCCCGACUCGACUUUCUUCCUCAAGCCAUCCUCAUCCUCGAAUGCCUCCCUUCUUUAUACGCUAUCCGACAAACUCCUUGUGGGUGCCGUGAAUCCCCGCGACGGUGCGCUGGUAUGGCGCCAGAAUCUCUCGCGGUCGGCGGACUCUCCCGCGAAUGCGGCGGGUCUCUUACGCGGAUUGGAUGGCAAUGAUGCCCUUGUUGGUGCGGCAGGUAGCUAUAUUUCAUCCUGGAGUGCCCAGGACGGCAAGGUCGGCUGGGAAAACCGGAUCUCUGACGGUGUGGUCGCCGAUCUCGAGCUGUUGGAGCUUGAGGAUGCUACCGCGUCCGGACUGCGGGAUACGGUUGCUGUGGUUGCUAGCGAGGGUACCGGAAUCGUGAGACGGCUUGAUGGCAACACUGGAAAGACUGUUUGGGAAUAUAAGGAUACCAGUGGUGAUGUUCCGUUCCAAGUCUCGUCCUCGUCUACGGAAAUCUUCUACAUUUCGCUCCAAUCGGCAUUGUUGAAGGGCUACAAGAUCAAGGUCACUGCUUUGGAUCCAUUGAGCGGACAACCGACUCGCCAGCAGACUCUGAACUCUGAGACCGAUGUGACUACCCCGGAAUCUGUCCUCUACGUGGGCGCUAACUCCGCCUCGCCCAUCAUCGUUUGGACCGACAAGUCGCAAAAGUCUCUGAAGGUCAAUGUUAUUGGUACCAAGGAGGUUACUUCUAUUGCCAUUGACAAUAUCUCCGGUUCCGAACUUCGACAGAUCACAGUUCACGCUCCUCACAAGCUGAACGCUCUGCCCCAUUUCUUGGUUCACUAUGCAACUGAGGCUGGAGCCUGGGCUGAGGUUUACCACGUGGACUUGAAGACUGCUAAGGUGACCAAGGCUUACCAGCUGCCAUAUCUGCGCGGUCAGUCGGCGGUCGCGGCUAGUGUCAUUGACGCCAAUGUCUACUUCACUCGAAUCUCGGAUUCGGAAGCUAUUGUUGUAUCCUCCACCUCUCAUGGAAUUCUGGGCCGUUGGGAUUUGCAGAAGCCUUCUUCUGACAAUGCUCUCCACUCGGUCUCCGACGUUGUUGUGAAAGGAAAGUCUGUGGCUGUUAGGUCGGCGCUUUUCCGGAAGCACGGAGAUUGGCAACUUGUCCGAAAUGGCCAGGUCGAAUGGACCCGGCAUGAGGGUCUCAUUGAUGCCGUCGCAGCCACCUGGGCCGAGACUGAUGCCCAAGAGGAUCUGGUUCAUGAGCUGGAGGUCGAGGGCCACCAGACUUUGUCCGGCGCAUACCUUCACCGGGUCAAGCGUCAUGUCCGGGACUUGCAACAUCUACCUGACUGGCUGAAGGAUCUUCCUAAGCGCAUUUUGAGUAGUAUUCUGACUGACGAAGUCUCCAACCUUGACAGCUUUGGAGUCGCCAAACCAGUCAUUAUCGCUACCAAAAAUGGCCGUUUGUACGCUUUGGAUACUGGCAACCACGGCAUCGUUUCGUGGGGUAUCCAGGCUGUAGAGACAUCACAGUGGGAAGUGAAGGCUAUUUUGGCCCCAGCAGGAGUUGCCACCGUCCACUCUGAGGAUGGAAGCUCUGUGACCGUCGAUGUUUCGACGGGAGAGAUCAUCACCCGCAGCGAACCUUCCAACAACAAGCUCCGCUCGAUUGCUGUAUUUGGGGCACAGGAUGGAAGCUCCCUGACCACCGUCGGUAUCACUGAAGACGGUUCCCCAGUCACUACAUUUGCCAAUGAAGAUGACUUCUUGGUUACCACUAGUGCUGAUGGACGAGUCCUCGGUUGGAUUGCAAAGGAUAACCAGACCCCUGUCUGGGAGUUCAUUCCUCCAUCUGGAGAAAAGGUCGUUGAUGCGACCGCCCGCCCUGCGCAUGAUCCUGUUGCUUCUAUUGGCAAGGUCCUUGGAAACCGCUCGGUUCUCUACAAGUACCUCAGCCCCAACCUGGCUCUGGUGACUGCAGUGAACGAGAAGACCCACACUGCCAGCUUCUACUUGUUAGACGGAGUCUCAGGCAAGAUCCUGCACGCAACCACCCAAGCAGGUGUUGACUCCACGCAGCCCAUUGCAUCCACGAUGUCCGAGAACUGGUUCGCCUACUCAUUCUGGGGCGAUGUUGAAGGCACUGAGUCCUCUGCCAAGGGCUACCAACUGGUUAUCUCGGAACUCUACGAAUCCCCCUUCCCUAACGACCGUGGUCCUCUCGACUCCGCCAGCAACUACUCGAGCACUGCUGUCCUACCGCUCCCCCACGUCAUCUCCCAGGCUUUCAUGAUUCCUGAGCCCAUCUCCCACAUGGCUGUCACCCAAACCCGCCAGGGCAUCACCACUCGCCAGCUCCUCUGUACCCUCCCCUCCUCUAACUCUAUUGUCGGGAUUCCUCGCCCUGUCCUGGACCCCCGCCGCCCUGUUGACCGUGAUCCUACUGCGGCUGAGGCCGAAGAAGGCCUGUUCCGCUAUGCGCCCUUCCUCGAAUUUGAUGGUAAAUGGUACCUCUCGCACACUCGCGAUGUCGCUGGUAUUAAGGCUGUGCUUUCUCGUCCCACUCUGUUGGAAAGUACCAGUCUUGUCCUCGCUUACGGAAGCGAUAUCUACGGCACCCGAGCCACGCCCAGCCAGGCAUUUGAUAUCCUCGGCAAGAACUUCUCCAAGCUCCAGCUUGUUCUCACUGUGGUGGCACUCGGAGCUGGUGUCACCGUGUUGGCCCCGAUGACUCGGAGGAAGCAAGUUAAUGCCUUGUGGAAGGCUUAG